AUGAAAUUUACUCGUGCAUGCUUUCUUUUGAUUCUUCUGGCUCUAGUGACUAUUUCUGAAUCGCUUCGAUGUGCACAGUUAUGUGCUUUUAUUCGCAUACCAAUUAAUGGCAGUAUACCUGUAAACAAUACAUGUAAAUUUAUUGAACGAGACAAUUCACAAUGCUCAGUACUUGUGGAAAUUGAUCAUCAAAAACGUGUUGCUACAGGUCGUUUAGGUAUAGAAAGAUGCGACAAUACUGAUAUACGUCGUGUAGAAACUAUAGUUAAAUUAAAUUCUGCAUUAUUGUCAAUUAUCCAGUAUACAUGUAAGGAAAACGGUUGUGAUGUUGACUUUCUUAAUCACCUAUUUGCUCGUGUUCGUGAUAUACCUGAAGUGGAUACAACCUCAAUUAAACAAAAUAUAAGUGAUUUAGUUUACAAUGAGAACGUUGGUAUAUCUAGUAUCAAUUGCACUAGUUAUAGAUCAUGUCAAAUUAAUGAUCUUUGUCAAGCAAAAUUUGAAAUUGAAGAUAGUUUGGAUGAUAUUUUCAUUCAACGAAAUGAAAACAUAACAUGUUAUAAUCCCUCAACAGAUGAUUAUUUGUUAAAUAUUAAGCAAAAUUAUCUGCCUAAUAAUACUCAAAUGACUGAAAUGAUUUUUCGAUGUAAUCUUGCCAAUUGUAUUGAUAAUCUGAGUAUUGUAAAAGAGAUUUAUUAUUUACUAGAGCCUAAUUUCAUCAAUCAAACAUUCGAUCCUUUUGUUUUCAAUGAUACCAAACCUUGCAUGCCGAUAGAAUCAAUUGGUACUUCAUUUUUAUUUGUGUCUUAUGGACUCAUCAAUUUUGCAACUAUAUUUCUUUUAUUUUAUUAA